GAUUGGCCAAUAGGACGAGGUCUGGCCUAUUUGAAUGAUCCGACGGCGGUUCGAGUCGCAUUCGAGAGGGAAACAAAGAAAAAGGCAGAAGUUCGCAGUUGUCCGAACUCUGGGAUACAUUCGUAUGGUCUUAAACCGCCGAACAGACGCCGCUUUAGUCAGUUCAUCUGAUUUUUGGGACUCCACGAUGUCUCACAAACAAAUCUACUACUCUGAUAAGUAUGACGACGACAAAUACGAGUACAGACACGUGAUGCUUCCCAAAGAGAUCGCGAAGCGGGUUCCGAAAACCCACCUGAUGUCAGAGACGGAGUGGAGGAAUCUGGGCGUCCAGCAGAGCCAAGGAUGGGUGCAUUACAUGAUCCACCAACCGGAGCCGCACAUCCUGCUGUUCCGGCGUCCUCUGCCAAACCAAAAAUCAUAAAGGAUGUUUUCCGGGUCCUUCAGUGAGGUCACUACAGUUUGCCGUCGGAUCACCGGGCUGUCGUGGUCAGUAACUUCAAGUUGGACCAGGAGAUGAACUUUUGCCUUUACGAACAGUGGAAGUGAAACCCCGAAUCAAGAUGAGAAGAAGGAAAAAACAAAAAGAGCCCCUCCUUUAGAUGAGACAUUUGCAUGUAAACAGCAUCAGACGACUGCUUGAAGCUUUCAGCUCUUAUUUGUGACCCGCUCGCUGAACCUGCUGGUUUUCAGGCCAAACGAUUCAUUGCUUCAUCACUCGCGUGAAACUUUAGAGUGGAUUUGUUUGUUUGGGAGAUUCUAUCAGACUUGAUCCUAAAUAUAGUUUUGAUUUUGGAAACUUGCGGUUUGAAGCGACAUGUUGCUGCUUGAUUUAUAUUUUAAAAAAGAGAGAAAAACGAAAGUGUAUUGUCAUGUCCGCCUCAAACAUCUGCAACAAGUUCAAAGCUAGUUUGGAUUCCAUGAAAACUUUAGUUUCAGCUUCCUGUAAUGAAUCUCUUCAGUUGCUGAUCGACCAGCUUGGUAUUUAUGAAAUGUUGCUCUUUCCUUAAAUAAAUGUAAACUUUAAAUCUGAUUUGUUUGGAAUCUGGAUUUUACAUUUCUUGGCCACACGUCGUCUAAACUGUUGGCCCGGUCUUUGUGGAACAGAACGCACAUCUUUAUUGAAGUCACGUCAGCUGUUGUGCAGAUGGGUGUGUUAAAGUUUGAUUUGACUCCUCCCCUGUGGGAGGGGCGAGCUGCAGACACAGCCGCGCUCGGGGAAACCACUUGGUGGUUUAACCCCUUAAUGCUGAGGGUCAAACAGUCUUUGGAAUGACUCAGCCUGGAUUUGAACUCUCCACCUUCCAGGCCGGACGCUCCCCCACAGGGCCAAACACAUCUGCAUGUUAAAAUGAAUGAACCAUUGGUUGGUUUCAGCUUUACUAGCCCUUUGAAGCUGCUCUUUAACUGCAGCCGGCCCAAUUCAAAUUACAAUCUCAUUGAUAAAGAUUUUUGUUUUUUGACUAAAACGUGAUUUCUCUGUUUCAUUUUAAACUUCAAGUUUUCAGAGAUUCUGCUUGGAGCCGGUCAGCAUCUUCUGAUUUAUUUGUGAAGAAGAAAUCGAUUCUUUUCUAAUCUGUUUUGGUGCAAAUAACUGCUUUUAUCUGUAUUGGGGGAGGAGACUUUUUCUGUUCCAAACCACCUAUUUGUAGUUUUUUACAUUCCACUUUUGGAGGAAAUCUCUAGUUUUAUCUCGAAGGAUUAAAAAAAUCCUUUGUGUGUAAGCAGCUGCUCUUUAUCCAGACGUUUUCCUUUAAUUUACAUUUUCUCGUCAAAUGUUUCACAAACUCUGAACUGAAGCUGCUUCUAUAGUUUUCACGGUAAACUGGUUUGAAACCACACUAGCAAAUUUGCUUUGAAAUUUACCUCGUUUUAAGUUUUAGAGCUUUAUAUUAACACUAAAUUUAGUAAUUGUUCUUUAAAUGUAACCUUUAAAUUCAGUGGUUUAACUGCUGAACUUUAACAUGCAGAGAUUAAAAUAAAAUGGUGAAGAAAAUGUCUUUAUGUCUUAAAACAAAGAAAACUGAAGCCGUUUUGUUUUUCAAUGUGAACAAAACAAACAUAUUUGUAGUUUAAAGAUACAUUUAAUCCACAUGUGCCUCCACUUCCAUCAGAAUAUAUAAACUGUUGUCUGAAUGUGACUGGUUUGAAUAGCCCCAGGUGCAUUUACCUGUGUUCUUCUAGAACCUCUUCAGGUUUCCUCCAGACUUUAUUUCUACUGUUGAUCAGAGAAUCAGGAGUUUUAGGUCCAUGCGGUUCAGUCUUGAACCUGAACCAGGAUCAGAUGGAAGUCUGCUGUUUGAAAUAAACCUGUAACUUUACAAAGUC